ACGGACCUCAGCCACUUGAGUCACCACACCUUGCCCCUUGCACUCUCCUCAACAUGUCCGCGCCCCGUCGCAACGGGCAAUUAUCAUCCUGCGAGCCUUGUCGUAAGUCCAAGCUCCGAUGCGAUCAUUCAACGCCAGUCUGCAAUCGCUGCGUCCGUCGGAGUCGAUCGGACCUCUGUGUGUACCACCCAGCUCCGCUGACCAAACCGCGCGAGGGCCCACGAUUCAAGGCAACCAAGAAUGAUUCCAAUGGAAUGCCGGUGCCUGCGAGGACGUGGACAUGGGAGAGUCUCAGCGGUUCUCCAGGAUCGUCAUCUUCUGUCAGUGUGUUGGGGUCAGCCCAGUUUCCCACUCCGACCAAGUUGCCUUUCUCCGGAACGGGAUUUUUAGGGCCCACCAGUUACUCGGGGGCCUUUAGCGAUGGGCUCGGCCCUGUGGAUCGCUCUUCGUCGAGUCAAUCGACGCCGAUUGAUCCUCAGCAGGUGGCACGGGGUGCUCAGGUGCUUUUCCUCCUCGAGAAUUUACCAUUGUAUCAGGAAGUCAUUGAGAAGCGGUUUGCCAUUGCGCCAGGAUGGAUCCUCGGCCCCCCCCUCAUGCGCGAAAUCCUCAAGGCCCUGGAGGAUGUCUAUCGCAAGGCAACGCAGGACUCGACCAACAAGUAUGCUCGUCUGAUGGAUCUAUCGCGGGUCUUCUUCAGAAAUACUCUGACUCCCAUUGAGACACAUUCUUCUAUGGGAUUGUCGGAAUAUUUUACGGUGGCCGCCCCGCGAUGGGAGAUGAUCAGUCUUGUUUUCAGCUUUACUGGUACCUCCACCUAUCAAGUACCGCCGCACAGUCUGGGCCUGGAGCAGACCGACGAUGUGACGAGCAAAGAAGGUCUACGGCAGAUCUGUAUCCAAGCGAGCGAGACCUGUCUGCAGUUCUGCAAUCAUCUAGGAACUCUCAGCGAUCCACUUGCGUGGGCCAUGAUCCAGCAUACAGUGUUCCUGUCGUGUAUGCACGGAAGUAGUAACCACAGAACAUGGCAAAUGCUUGGUGAAAUCACGACGACCGUGUUUGCACUAGGACUUCACCAACCGGAGGCAGAUUCAACGACGCCGUUCUUCCUGACUGAGAUUCGCAAACGAACCAUGGUCGGCGCCUAUUCCAUUGACAAAGAAUUUGCGACCUUCCUCGGGAGACCGCCGCGGAUAUGCUGGCGAUAUUGCAAUAUUCAGUACCCGUUGGACAUGACCUACGACGAGAUCGUUGCGGAGCCGGAGGCCCGAGAUGCCGCCCUCCAACGCUUAGACUCGGCGGGAUGGAACUUGGAUGGCCGUCUGGACAAGGGGGCUAAAGCUCGUGGUUGCCUCAUGGCCAGCAUUGAUCAAGAAAACGUAUUAGAGGUCUCGCUGAGCAACCAGCUAGAGGGCUUAGAGGAACGAGUUCAAGAGACCUGCCGAAAAUCGGACGAAUUGCGACGAAGUCUACCUUCGUACCUCCAAUGGACAGAAGACAACGAACACUCAUAUGUCGCGUCUCUGCACCUGGAAUUCCUCUAUCACGAGUUUCUGCUGCUACAAACGCUCUUCAAGCGCACCGGCAAGGGAAAUGAUGCCUUAGUCACCAAGGCAUCAGAGAUCGUCACCAUCGUCUUGCACAUGGUGUCUAUGGAGACGCGGGCCGGACGCGUCCAUCCAUUAAUUAUCUGGGAUUUAUGCUACAUCGGCCUCCCUGCCGCUGGAGUCCUCUGCACCGAGCUCCUCCGACGCUCCCAGCCCCAGUCCAACCUCCUCUUAUCCACCACGCCAUUCCCUCGGUCGGACAACAUCCAAAAACUCAGCGUCUUCGUAGCCCAACUCAAAACCUUCGUUCGGCAGAAGGAAGGCGACUACGAGAUCUGCAUCAAGGGUCAGCAGGUCAUCUCUCAAGCCUUGGACCGGGUACUAUCUCCCGCUCCGUCGGUCGUACCCAACAGCAUACCAGCAAGUAAUGCCGUCGAGGCAGAUGUGGAUUUCAUGGCCUUUCUGGAGAACUUUGACUGGGAGCAGGAGAUGAGAUUGACGUUUGGGUGUUAG